AUGAGCGGUGUCCGUCGCUUUCUGAGCGUUCGCGACAAGUCUCCACGACCGAAAGAUGGAAAGCACGGCCAUCACGUUCUUCACAAAUCAAUCGGCCAUGACUCCCUGUCAACAGAAGCACAAGGUACGGGCGAGCCGAAGUUGGAGCCACUUGAUCCGGAAUCCGUUGCAGAUUUCUAUGUGCGUACAUCAGCAGCCGCCGUUUUCCCCUCUGGACUGUUCAAUUCCAAAGCGACAGCCGAGGGUCGCCCGGAAGAGCAGAAGAUCAAAGCGAUUCGCCUUCGAUUAUCGGAGAAGAAAGGAAUCCAGAUACGAGACAGCACAAUACUAUGGGCCCUGCACUCACCAGUCUCGGAGAACGACGAUGACCGUGCCUACGACUUCUUGCUAGCCCUCUCAGACGCCUCCGAAAGCAUGGUGUCGCCGUAUCGCUCAGGUACACAUAUGAGAGGCGCUGUGAACAGGCAAGCGGUGACUUGUUUCCUUGACUCCACGCUAUUCGCAAUAUUCUCCCACCUCGACAGCUUCGAGCCUAUGCUCUACAAUCCCUUCCCGGAUCUGCCAAGGCAAAAAUUGAGCUUCUUACUGCGACUGUGGGUGAACAUGCUGAGAACGGGUCAACUGAUCACGACCGACAUAACGGCGAGGAUUCAAGGGGCUAUAGCUGACUGCGGGUGGGCUGAUGCUGCAGAGCUGCAACAACAAGAUGCAUCCGAGGCUUUCACGUUCAUCACUGAUAAGCUCGAUUUGCCUUUGCUGACAUUGAAGAUGGACAUAUUCCAUGCAGGCAAAGAAGAUGAGACGGACGACCACAAAUUCAUCAAUGAACGUUUGCUCGAGGUUGCAAUUCCAGAGGAUCCAACGGGACAGAGGAAGGAGAUCAGGCUUGAAGACUGUCUUGAGGAGUACUUCAACAAUAAGAUCGAGGUACGGAGAUAUUUGGAGCGGCGAGCGACAAUGAACAGUGUCAAAUCACCUGUCGAGCCCAGUAUCAAGGCUGCAGCGAUACACGUCGAAACGAUUGAGAUCGACCCAGAAUCGAGCUCUCCAGCGACGCCUAUCAGCUCGGGACCACCAAUGCCAUCACGCCCAAGAAUGCCAGCCAGACCUCGGCAACAAAGCAUCAUUCAGGACCGCUUCACGCCGUCACAAUCAGCAAGUGGACAAGACACCCUCACGGAGGUCCCAACGGAGGCCAGCAACCGGUCACGGGCGGGGAGCGUGCGGAAGACGGUGAUGAUGCCCGGGUGGCAGUUCUUCAGCCUCAUUCCAUGGUAUACCGAUAACACUCCAACGAACGACGCUCAGAUCGCGGCGCAUUUCUCCGAUAGACGACCAGUUCUGGGUCUAUGCUUGAAACGUUACACCUUCAAGAACGGUCAACCAGCGCGACUUGGCACAUAUAUCGACAUUCCCAUUGAGAUCGGUUUACCACAUUUCAUCCAAGACGAUGCUGUUACUGAUAAUGGUGCCAUAUUUGGCAAUUUCAAGCUGUCAUUGCAGUCAGUGGUUUGUCACCGUGGCAAUUCUGUGGAUUCAGGACAUUACGUUGCUCUUGUGAGAAGUCCACUGAAUGAGGGCGCCACCUCGUCCGGCGUCUCGAACCAAUGGUUCACGAUCCGUCUCAAAGCGGGCGUCACCCUUAAUCACUUGCAGCAACUGCUCUCGAGUCUUCACCGCCAGCACCGCCGCAUUCAAUUUCGUGGAAGUCUCAGGACCUUCGACAAAAAUCCCAGCAUCGUCCAGACCAGACCGACCAAUACAUUCCUCUUGCCAACAUCAAGAAUGGCCAAGAUCCAGGAAGCAGCUAUCCCCAACUUGCGGGCCCAGAUAGAUGAAUUGACCGCCAGCGCCGAGGAUGGCGCCGCUGGCAUCGUCUUCUCCGCCAUCAACAAGAAAGGCGAGACCAUCUUCGAGCAUGCCUCAGGCACCCUAGGCGUGGGUAAACCAGAACCCAUGACACUCGACUCCAUCUUCUGGAUUGCGAGUUGCACGAAGAUGAUCACGGGAGUCGCUUGCAUGCAGUUGGUAGAGCAGGGGAAGAUAACACUGGACAGUGUUGAGGAGGUAGAGAAGAUCUGUCCGGAGCUCAAAGCCGUCAAGGUCCUGCAAGACGAUGGUAAACUCGUCGAGAAGGAGAGAGGCAUCACCCUUCGCAUGCUCCUGAGUCACACGGCUGGCUUCGGCUACUCCUUCUUCAAUUCAAAACUCCUCAACCACUACGGCGCCUCAGGGUUGGACGAGUUCACUGGCAGCUACUCCCAAUUCCUCACCCAACCACUAGUCAACCAGCCCGGCUCCCGCUGGGAAUACGGCAUCAACAUCGACUGGGCUGGCCUGAUCGUUUCGCGCAUCACUGGGAAGUCCCUUAAUGACUACUUCCACGACCACAUCUUCAAGCCGUUGGAGAUCAAGAACAUCAGCAUGUUCCCAACGCCAGAGAUGGCGAGUCGGCUCGCGUGGAUGAACUUCAGGGACAAUUCGACUGGAAAGUUGGGCCUGAAUCUAGGUGGACAUAUCGUCAGGGAACAGUUGAUGGCUGCUGGUGACAAGAGCGAGGAGGGAAGAGUGUUCAAUGCAGGCGGACAUGGGUGUUUUGCGCGGCCGACUGAGUACACUCGGAUCAUUGCGAUGUUGUUGAAUGACGGCAAGAGUCCAUACUCGGGCGAACAGAUUCUGAAGAAGGAAACAGUGGACGAGAUGUUCACUAACCAGAUCCCGGAUAUGCCAGACUUUGGGCGACAGCCAAUCUCCCCUCCUCGUCCCGACUUCUCCAAUGCACUCCCAGCCCUCUACCCCGAGGAAGGCAACCCAGCUCAAGGCUGGGGCCUGACCUUCUUCCUGCACUUACAAGACAGCGCCGUGCACAGCAAAGGCACCGGGUGGUGGGCUGGACUGGCCAACCUGUUCUGGUGGUGUGACCGUACACGAGGAGUCGGCGGCAUGAUUGCUUCGCAGAUCCUGCCGUUUGGGGAUUUGAAGGUCAUGGGCCUCUGGGGCCAGCUGGAGGGUGGGAUCAAUGCUGCACUGGAGGGUUGA